CUGCUGGCAGCGGUGAUGGCGGUGGCCGCGGCCUCGUACUCCCCCGCUCCCGCGGCGUCUCGGACCGGCCCCCGCCAGCGGCCCGUCCAGCCGAAGCAGACGGGGUACGACCAGCAGGAGCACCCGUACGCCUUCGAGUACUCGGUCAGCGACCCGUACUCGGGCGCCAACUUUGCGCAGCAGGAGGCCGGCGACGGCCACAGCACCCAGGGCCGCUACAGCGUGGCGCUGCCCGACGGCCGCAUCCAGCACGUCAACUACGUCGCCGACCACUACAACGGCUUCAACGCCGAGGUCACCUACGAGGGCGAGGCCCAGUACCCCAAGGACCGCCCGGGCCAGGGCUACGGCGCUGGGGCGGCCACCAACACGGCAGCUGGAUACAGCACAGCUCCUUCAUACAACUCUGUUUCUUCCGGUGGUCGCCCCGCCUCCUCCCAUAGUGGUGCUUCUGGUUACAACGCAGCACCUUCCUUUAACGCAGCGCCUUCGUACAGCGCUGCGCCUUCGCAUAACGCAGCAUCCUCCUAUAACACAGCCCCUUCCAUUAACGCAGCAUCAUCCUAUAACGCAGCCCCUUCCAUUAACGCAGCCCCCUCGUACGGCUCCAGGCCUCUCAAUGGCCCGGUUUCUUACAACGGCGCCUCUGACUUCAAUGCUGCUGUGUCCGGUGCCGGUAUUGUUAACGCAGCUCAUUCCCUGGGCAAUGUUGGCGAUGCUGUUUCUUCCUACACGAGCUAUGCGUAACUAGCUGCUGCCGGCUGUCAGGUGCUCCCGCGCUUUUUCGAUAAUACACAUGUCUCAGCAGUGAACACUGAACAGCUUC